ACAUUCGAAAAACUUCUAGUGGGUACAGAUUCUUGCCUCUGUCGAAAGAAAAUUUGAUUGCAACAUAAAGGCAAGGCAUCCCCAAACGAUGCCACCACUCUUUCACCACCGGCCACCUCUCUCUCUCCGCCACCCUCACCUCCUCCUCCUCCUCCCCACCACCACAACCACCACCACCACAACCACCCCGAAAAAAGCCCCUACUCUCACCAUGUCGCUGUCUUCAUCACCAUCACCAUCACCAUCACCAUCCAUAGAAGAAGACUCAGACAAACAACAAAAGCUGUCACUGAACCAGAUCAUCAAGUACCACAACCAGACCAAACACUCCUUCACCAACUACGCCAGAGGUCCUCACGGCCUCGAUUGGGCGAACCAACCCAACCCAUUUCGCCGCUACCUCUCUUCCCCUCUCUUCCCUCUCCUCCACUUCCCCACCACCCCCGAAGAUCCCAACAACAACCCUUCAUCGCCCACCGACUCUCCUCUCUACUCCUCCGUCUUCCUCUCUCUUCCUUCUCCAAAACCCAUCUCCAAUUCCACCAUUUCUCAGCUCUUCUUCGACUCUCUCGCUCUCUCGGCUUGGAAAACUACUGGGUUUUCAACCUGGUCUCUUCGUGUAAACCCUAGCAGCGGCAAUCUCCACCCAACCGAGGCAUAUCUCAUUUCCCCUCCGAUCGAUUCGGUCUCCAAUUCGCCUUUUGUUGCACAUUAUGCUCCCAAAGAGCAUUCAUUGGAGAUUAGAACCCAUAUCCCAUCUGGGUUUUUCCCCAAAUUCUUCCCGCAAGGUUCUUUUCUUAUCGGGUUUUCGUCAAUUUUCUGGCGUGAGGCUUGGAAAUACGGCGAAAGGGCAUUUCGGUAUUGCAAUCAUGAUGUGGGUCAUGCCAUUGCUGCGGUUUCAAUGGCCGCAGCAGGGCUUGGUUGGGAUGUGAAGAUUCUAGAUGGUUUGGGUUAUGGGGAUUUGGAGAAGCUUAUGGGGCUUGAAUUCUUUCCUGAGUUCAAAAUUCCAUCAAGGCUGGUGAAAGGGAAGUUUCCAGAGAUUGAAUUUGAGCACCCUGAUUGUGUUCUUGUUGUUUUCCCAAAUGGGGUUGGUGAAUUUGAUGUGAAUUACAAGGAAUUGAGUUUGGCUCUAUCGGAGUUUUUGAAAUUGGAGUGGAAAGGGAAGCCUAAUUUGCUUAGUAAAGAGCAUGUGUGUUGGGAUAUUAUAUAUAGAACAGCUGAGGCUGCGAAGAAGCCAUUAAUGGCAAGAAAUAAAUUCAUGGUUGAACCAUUUCAGAGCAGCGGACGAUUGAGUGAGCAGUCAUAUAAGGGUUUUACGCUUAGGGAAGUUGUUAGGAAGCGAAGGAGUGCAGUGGAUAUGGAUGGAGUUACUGUAAUGGGGAGAGGAACAUUUUAUCAGAUUAUGUUGCAUUGUCUUUCUUCGGGUUCUCGAGCUCGUGAGAAACAGAGGAAACAAAUGGCAUUGCCAUUUCGAGCUCUGUCUUGGGAUUCUGAGGUCCAUGCUGCUUUAUUUGUUCAUAGGGUCGAAGGGUUGUCAAUGGGUUUGUACUUCUUGGUGAGGAAUGAGGACCAUUUUGAUGAUCUCAAGAGGGCUACAAGGUUUGAGUUUAAGUGGAAGAAACCAGAAGGUUGCCCUGAUGAUCUCCCUCUGUUUGAACUUGCUAGAGGUGAUUAUAGGCAACUUGCUAAAAAGCUUUCUUGCCAUCAGGAUAUUGCUAGUGACGGCUGCUUCAGUCUAGGGAUGGUGGCUCAUUUUGAGCCUACCAUGCGUUCCAAGGGUUCGUGGAUGUAUCCUCGGUUAUUUUGGGAGACUGGAGUUCUUGGUCAGGUGUUGUACCUCGAAUCGCAUGCAGUUGGCAUAUCAGCUACUGGAAUCGGUUGCUUCUUUGAUGAUCCUGUACAUGAGGUUCUUGGGUUGAGAGGAUCAAACUAUCAGAGUCUAUAUCAUUUCACAGUUGGAGGUCCAGUCAUAGACACACGGAUAAUGAGCCUCCCUGCAUAUCCUGGCCCCAGUGUUGAUGCCUGAUUGCUGGUCACCCUGUUUCAGAUAACAUUGGCAGGUUCAUGAGUUGUGACGCAAAUAAAAUCCAAAAAGCUGUGAACAUUGCUGACUGCAUUUUAUCUUGGCAAGCAAUACAGCUUCAGUUCAAGGUGUGCCAAUGGAUAAUUACAUAAUUAAGUUACAAUAUGAUAAGAACUUGGCAUCUGCCCAAGUAGUAGGGAUUGUUAGGUCCGGUUCACCAGGUGGGGGCAACCCCCGCCACCCCUUGCCAUCCCAGUUGGGUAUUAGGAUAUAUGAAUGAUGUUGUAGCAUGUAUAUAUACUUAAAAAAAAUAAAUAAAAUUACAGCUUGAUAAAUACUUUCAUAGAACAUUCAAGAUUUUUUGAUA